AUGGAUAUAAAUUACAUCACAUCGUUAGCAACAAUACCUUUCGGAGUUAAUUCAGUGUUGGCGUGCAGCGGCGUCUCAGAGGAGCGCGCACACGGCGGCGGCGGCGGCGCGGCGGCGGCAUUGGUGGUGGCGGCGGUGGUGACGCGGUUGGCCAGCUCGUGUCGCGAGCGCGGCGCGGUGCCCACCAGUGGGGAGUGGCCGGGAGGGUGCGACGCCGGAGAGACGGGGGUGCUCACUCCGCUAAUUAACUCGUCGGGCGCGGCAGCACUCCAUUAUGGACUGUUUAUUGUGACAAUUAUUCGACCCCCCGCACCCCGCACCCCCUACCCCCCACCCUCUGCCUCGCGCCCUGUGCCGAGGGACAGCGGCCGCCGCGCCUACAUUGAAAGCCUUGUUGAAGUAUGCAUUUCC